UGCGUCAGUGGUGGCUCGCCACCCCCUAUUCGGAAUUCCCUAUCAUUAGUGACUCGGGUGAUACCAUCAAGCAAAUUCUGGCUGUGGCACAAAGAGUCAAACGUAUUUCUAUUUAAUGUAAUAGGAGAACUUGAACUUGCAAUCUACCUAUUCACAAGUCCAAUCCAAAUCAUGUUGGGCAUCAGAGUCGCACUUGGCGUGCUCGCCACUUCGGUCGCCUUCACUACAGCAACAAUGUCUCUCCCUUCCGAGUCACUAGGCGAUUCCUUACUUCCCAAAGCAAAUGUGGGAAUAGAAUCUGAACCCGCCCGUGCCAGAAAAUGCUCUGGAAGACGCGAGAUAGGGGAUGUAUGUCAAGGAAAUUUUCUGAGCAUACGCCACUCGUUCCACAAUUGCGAAAGAAAGGUGCACGGGAAAUGCUGCGCCUUGUAUAGGAAUGGCUCGGGUGGUCUCGACGUUAAAAAACGCCCUCAAGGUGAAGAUUGCGGGUUUUGCUUCGGUGGCAAGUGUGAGCUAGAGUGAAUUACAGGGCCUAAGCCCUGUAUUCAGUACACUACUGUACUACCUGAAAACGGAUUAUUAGCUGUUUUCAGUGAAAACAUAUCACUGAUAGCGAUCAGCUAUAGCUAGAAAUAGCCGAUUAAAUCCCCUAUUAGAUCAGUUUAGUUGUUUAAGCAAUCUAAUAUACACUCUUUUGCCC